AUGGAAGACAAAAACAUCGUCGACGGCUUCAAAUGCGCUUGGACGUCAUGGAAGAACGAUCGUGGCUUCCACCUCAAGCGCAGAGUGCUUGUAACUUUCGGCAAGAAUGUGCAAGGCCUGCGUGCAGCCGAUCCCUGGAUGGGCACCAAGAAGAAGAAGAAGAUGUGGAGAAAAUACCAACCGAUCACAUCCGCACGACAGCUUAACGUUGGUUCUUCUCCCACUCUCCCCUUCUCCCGCCCCCCCUUUAAUCUACAGCUCUCCCCUUCCCUCCCGCCAUCCCGUUCUCUCCCUCCCUCCAUUUAUCUUCAGCCCUCCCCUUCUCUCCCGCCCUCCAUGUCUCUCCUGCCCUCCCCCUCUCCCCUGCCCUCCCCUUCUCUCCCGCCCUUCCCUGCUCUACUGCCCUCCAGCCAACCCUCCAUUCGUUCUAUACCGCCCUCCACUUCGUCCAUACCCUUUGGACAGCCCCUAACCAUGUCGUGCAUGAUCUUCGUCCCCGCCUUGUCCUGCGUGCGCGCAGGAGGGAAUCAGCGGGGCUUGGCAAAGGUUAAGAAGACCGACUGGAACGUCUCGAACUCCCACUGGAAGAACACCGAGUGGAUGACGGGUUUGCACCGAAAUGUGCGGUGGAUUAUCAAGGACCACUUCACACGCCACACCCCCGUGUACAACACAGUCGUGCAGGGCUUCAAGUGGGGCGACCGUGGCCUGUAUGUUCACGAGUCAGGAUUUGAGGCGUUCAAGGGGACGGCGGCGCCUGACGAGGAGAAGGACUUGAAGGAGGAAGAGCGGGAGGUGUACGACGCGGAGGACUUGAAGACGGAUGACGAGGAGGAUGACGAGGAUCAGGAGGAGGAGGAGGACGAGGAGGAGGAGGAGGAGGAGGAGGAGUAG